UCAAAACAGAGCGCGUUCUCGUGCAAUUCAGAAUUUUCUAGGCGCAUCUAGAAAACUCCGGAAAACUGUUCAUCUAUAUAUAUUCCCAGAAAUCCUGACCUCCCUAUCAAUUCAGUCGUUGAAUCUACUAAUUCGUGAACUGUACUAGCAGAGUAUUGUUUGUUUAUUAUCUACCCUUGUGCUAUUCAACGCUAAAAGCUUUUUGGCUACGAAGAUAAUAUACAUUGCAGCAAUUGUGUUUUUUAUUGACAUUUUUUGAACUGGAACUGUUUUAUUGGUGAACUUAAAAAAACUUAUUGCCUUCUAAAAUUAUUAUCAUCAAAGACUAUUUCUGUGGUUUACUUCUUGUCUACAACAAAUUAAAAGAAAAUGUUCGCUAGACUUUUACGUGAUGCUUAUGAUCCUUACGAAUCCCGGCACUCGCACUCAAUUGAUCCAAGAGUUGUGUUAGGACUAUUGGAUGAUUCUUAUGAUCUAGGCCGGCAAGGAGCUUAUGAACAUCCUCAUGUUCAUUUAAAUAUUUUCCGACCCCGACGACAAACUAGUAGUUCUUCAGGGGAGUGCCGAAGCGAAGGAAACAAAUUUCAAGUAAUGCUAAACGUCAAACAUUUCAGGCCUGAUGAAAUUGAUGUAAAGACUGUUGACAAUUUCGUUGUUAUUCACGGCAAACAUGAAGAACAGGCUGACGAGCAUGGUUUAGUAUCCAGGGAAUUUACUCGCCGAUACCUACUACCGGAUGAUGUGGAGCCUGAUACUAUAACUUCGUCAUUGAGUCAAGAUGGAGUUUUAUCUAUCCAAGCACCAAGAAAGCAAUUACCACCGCCUAAAAAUGAGAGAGUAGUUCCUAUUAUCAUUCAACAGCCAGCUGCUGUUGAAGAGGCGCAGAAACAACAGCAACAGAUUCAGGAUCAGGCUGCUGCUGCAGCAGCAGUAGAAACAUCUGAUGCACAAAAUUAAGACUUUUCCAAGUGACAUUUUUCAUGAACUCUUUAUCAAUUGGUGAAAAUU